AGAUGCUUCAAAAAUAAAUUAUAAUUAUAAUCCAAGUCCAACUAGACAUUGAUUGGUGCAGGUUUGGGGCAGUCAGCUUACAACUCGGUACCCAAAUCUCUUCUCCUCUUCUCCCUAUUGACUCUGCUUUUGCUCUUCCUCCUGUCUUCCUCUCCUCGCCGUCUGACUUCUCUUGGGCUCCGGCACUCCAACGCAUCAUGACUCGCGGUAACCAGAGAGAGAAGGAUCGGGAGAGAGCUGCGGCUCGGGCCAAGGCUAGCAAGAACAAAGACGAUGGAUUGACCCCAGAACAGCGUCGAGAGAGGGAUGCCAAAGCUCUUCAAGAAAAGUUGGCCAAGAAGGCUGACAAGAGUGCAGGGGCGGCCGGAGCAAACUCCUCCUCCGGAGGUAAAAGCAAAUAACACCAAAUAAAAAGAGUUGCCUCUCGUAUGGUGGAACCUUGGUUUAGUGUUUUGGCUUGGUUUGUGGUUCUUGAGAUUUCCCUGUUCUGUUUUUGUUAUUGGUAAUGUUGUGUUAUUAGUUAUUCAAUUACUGAUGUCUGAAAAAUCUACUUCCUAAUUAUUGAUGUUGGUAUAACAUAAAAGCCUUUGUGGGUUUGUGUGCUUCAAUUCAAAAUAAUCAAAUUAGCUAAUGUUAU